UUGGAACGUAUGAUCAUGUUGAAUAUGGUUUUCAAGACAGGACAGAUGUUUAAAAUUCUACUUCUAUGUUUCCUGACUUUUAAAGCUGUUGAAGGUGUACAGAUAACAACCAAUGUAUCAACAAAGGUUGAUGCUGCUGUUCAUCUAAUCCAUACAGCUGAUAUCAUGAACUACACUACUGAUGUCAACAAGUAUAACCUGGACCUUAGUGGAAUAACGUCCUUAGUGUUUAAAAUAAAGUCAUGCAGUGAUGCACAUGUCCUUCUGUCAAGUUCUGGUGUCAGAAACUCGUCAGAACCAUUGUAUGAAAUUUACAUUGGAUAUCAUAAUAAUGAGUCGUAUAUUACCUACUGCGAAGACAAUCCACCUGCUUAUGGAAGCAACAACUCUAUUGUUUUUUCUACCGAGAAUAUACUGAACUGCACGGUAUAUCUACCAUUCUGGGUUAGUUGGUCGGAUAAAGACAUUAAAUUAGGAACUGGGAAAUUCGUUGGUGAUAAUGUUUUGGGAAAUUUGACAAUUACACACAAUUUUGAAGUGAAAAGUAUUGGAGUAUUUACAGACCACCUAAGAUUAGGAAACUGGAUAAUACAACUUGAAGUUUCAGACAAAUUUGCUGGAUAUUUUGACAGCUGUAUUAUGAAUAAUACCAAGUCUGACAUGGUUGUAGUCGAUGACAUUAACUGUUCAAAAAUGAGUUGUGGUGCUAGCUGUGGAAUGUCAAAGACUUGUAUGGGUUACAAUUUCAAUAGCGCCAUUAACAGAUGUGAACUUCUUUGGUUUGUAUCAGAUGUUGUGACAGACAUACCACAUCACACUGAAGCCGGAUGGAGAUUCUACAGUAAAUGUUUCAACAGAAAAUCUGCUUGUCUUGGAUGCUAUUUCUAAACGACCUGUUGACAGUAUACAGUCAGAAGAUUUAUUACAACUUUUAUUUGUCUCAUCGUGAACAUUGCGCUUUAUGGAAAACAUUGUAGAUUGUUUCAGCUGGAAUAGAACUGACUGAACUAAGAUCCUUCAUUGAGAAUGAAACGAAUGUUUUCAUAUUAACGCAAGAAAUAUAUUAAAGACUUCGUAUUCACCAAUAUCUGCUCUGAAUGAUUUUGAAUAUAUUACACUGCUUUCUCGUCUCUCAUAACUCUUUUUAAAGUGGCUCUUUUAUAGAUUGAUGUGUUAAUAUUAUUUUGUGUGUUUUAUUAAAUGUUAUAAGAAGAUUAUACACUUUUAAAAUAUUUGAUGUAUAAAAAAUUAAACAUUAGAAUGAAUUUUAUUUUCUCAAUAUUAUUCAUGCAAAUUGUAAAAAUUUUGAAAAGUUUAAACAUAAAUCAAUCAUAUUGGAAUUCAAAUAUUUAAUAAUGUAACAUAUAGUAACGUGAUAGGUGAUGUAGCAUGAACUAUUUGUUAUGCUGAUUAUGAAUAGUGUCUCCAUUUAUUUAUUUCAACCUUAUCAUUCCUUAACACAUAUCUUUUCAGUUUUAUCAGAGGUAAAAAGGUAAAAGAUAGCAAAAAAGUCUGGAUAACAUUAUUGGCACAUAUUUAAUCAAGAUUCAUAGUUGAACCCAGUAAAACAAAAGAAGAGGUAGUUUUUUUCGUGAAGUAGCAAAUACUAUUUGUAACAACUAUAUAUAAUAAUAGUUUAAUGCGUUCAGAUAAUUAAACCAACGUAUUUCAUUAGUAAAUUUUACUGAAUAUUCUUCCUGGGUAUUCAGUGUUCAUUUAACAGGUACACUUGAUGAAAUGCUGUACACCAAGUUUAACUUGUUAAACAGCAAUUUGUGAACUAAAGAAUCAAUUAGAGUGUUAUAAAAAGAAGAAAGAUUUAUACCCCCAAGCCCCCUUAAGCAAACAUACUUCUAUACGCCAUUUAAGCAUUUAAGAUCAUUUAAUAAAGCAUAUACAUGUUUACUAAAUAAUCUUUAUCAUAAAAGUUUAAAUGUUUCCCUGCGUAUGAAAACAACUUAUUGGCUAAUUAGAAAGUGCUUACACGUUUAAAUUAUAAUCAACUAUGCAUUGUUAGAAAUUGGAAUCAUGAUUAACAUCUUUAAAUCUCUCUCCGUCUCUCAUAACUCUUUUUAAAGUGGCUCUUUUAUAAAUUGAUGUGUUUAUAUUAUUUUGUGUGUUAUAUCAAAUGUUAUAAAGAGGUUAUAUCAGGAAGAUGGCCAUUGUUAUAUUAUUGUUCGUUUCUGUGUGUGUUGCAUUUUAACGUUGAUUCGUUUGUGUUUUCUCUUAUUUUUGAGAUAUUGAGAUAAGUCGUGGCACAGUACUUGUCUAUCCAAAAUUCAUGUAUUUGGUUUUCAUGUUAUAUUUGUUAUUCUCGUGGUGUUUUGUCUGAUGCUUGGUCCGUUUCUGUGUGUGUUGCGUUUCUGUGUUGUGUCGUUGUUCUCCUCUUAUAUUUAAUGCAUUUCCCUCGGUUUUAGUUUGUUACCCCGAUUUUGUUUUUUGUCCAUGGAUUUAUGAGUUUUGAACAGCGGUAUACUACUGUUGCCUUUAUUUAUACUCUUUUAAAUUAUUUGUUGAAAGUUCUUUUUUUAAUUCACUGAUUUAAUGAGUUUUAAUUUAUUAAUUUUAUGCAUGCAAAUUGAAAAGAAAAAAGUUUGAACACGAAUAUAUAAUGUUGAAAUAACAAUAUUUGAAUUGUAACAAGAUAUGCGAUGUAGCUUGUUACAUUGGUUGUAUAGAAUAUUGGAUGAGUCGAAUAAUCAUGUAGAUCCUAUCAUAUCGACUUUUUUGUGAUUUUACUGUAGUAUUUUGUUCUGUUAUUUAUAGCACUGAUGCAAUUAAACAGUUUUAGCAAUUGUUUUUUAUUCUAUUUUUGAAGAUGUAUAUACUACUUCAUUACAUGUUAUAUUAUUUCAAAUGUAAAUAACACUUAAUAUAUGUUGUUCAUCCAAAGAACUUUUAUGGUUUUAUCUACAUCUUGAAUGCUCACUUUUUCCAAACAGUUCUGCAAAAUAUUCCAUAAAGAAAUUAGGUCAGAUGACUUGUAGAGAAAAACAUGCAUUAAACUGAAAAAUUAUAUUUGUUUAAAUAUUGAUAUAUCUAGAAACUUGCUUUUUUACUAAAUGUUAAAAUACACAACUAAAGAAAAAUAAUGAAGACAUUUUUUUCAUAUUUUCAUCAUUUCAAUUAUGAAAUGAAAAAUUUCAAUCAUAUAAAAAUCAUAGGUUGUUUGGACAGAAAAGUGCAAUAUUCUUUGUUCAUCGUAUGUUUUCCUUACUAAACAUUUAAACAUUUACAUGUUAUAAGCUUGAAAUAGGAAACACCCUAUUUAUAUAUUUGCAUCUUUAAAAUAACUUUCAUAGUUGUUAACAAUAAAUGUAUAAUCUUAAAUGAA